AAGCCAGAUCAACCACGGAGGAAAACAGUUGUACUAACUUCUUUCCAGAAGACAGAAUGAAUAACUCCUCUUGUCCUCUUGUCAACUUUGACUUUACAAAAAGAUUUCUGCCUCCUGCUUACAUCUUAGUCUUCAUCAUUGGUCUGGUAGCUAAUGGAUGGGGAUUGAAGUCUUUGCUGCACAACUGGAAGAAGUUAAAUAUCGUCAAUGUUUUUGUUCUCAACCUUGGACUAGCAGAUAUUCUGUAUCUGCUCACACUCCCAUUUUUGAUGGUGUACUACAUUAAGACAGAGAAUUGGAUCUUUGGAGAUACAUUCUGCAAGAUAACAAGAUUCUGCUUCAAUCUGAAUUUAUAUGGCAGCAUCGGGUUCCUGACUUGUAUAAGUGUGUACAGGUACCUGGCUAUUGUCCAUCCAGUGAGAAUGAUGGGACGAUCAACUCUGACUCACUCUGUGGGGAUCUCAGUCAUGGUUUGGCUGUUGGUGAGCAUUCAAAGUCUUCCAGACAUGUUCUACAGCAAAACAUCUAGAAACAACAUUGUGCAAUGUUAUGAUACCACCAGUUCCAUCUAUGUUGAGGAUUACCUGAAAUACAGCCUUGGAUGGACACUCACUGGGUUUUGUAUCCCAUUCCUCAUCACACUGGGCUGCUACGGACAUGUGAUUGUCGUUCUCUGCCGCACAAAUAACACCGACAAGGUACUGAAACGGAGAAGCUUGAAGUUGUUGCUCAUCUUGAUCCUUCUCUUCUCUGUUUGCUACAUCCCCUAUCAUGUACUGAAGAACCUCAACCUCUGGUCAAGAAUUUCAAGGAAACAGAAUAUAUGCCGUGAAUGGUCCAAUGGAGUCUACAUUGCUCAUCAGAUAAGUCGUGGCCUUGUGUGUCUGAACAGUGCUCUCAACCCUCUGGUUUACCUCCAUGGAAGUGAAGAUAUUCCUGCUCGGCUCAGGCGACUACUCCAGCGAACUUGUCGGAUGUUCAGCCAUCAACCUCCAACAAACUCUAAUAGUGUGGCCAUGGCUCAGAUCACAUAUGAAGGUGAAACACAAGAAUAAUAGUAACAUGUUAAACAUUAUACUGUAUAUAUUAAUUGCCCUUCAAGCCGUUUUACGGCUGCCUAUCGCCCCUAGUUAAAUUCCCCUGGCGUAAAUUGUCUGAUAUGCGAGUGAAAUUAAACAAUUGUAUUCCACCAUCUGCCACUGUUACACAUUUAUUGUACCGGCUCAAGGUUUUAUCUAUGUGAUGGUCAUAUUACUGUUAACAAGCUCAAAAAAGCUCAGAUUAAAAAAGAAAAUUCACUCUCUUCUUUUCUAUUCUGAAAAUGUCGCUGUUCACUUUCAGAAAGGUUUGCUGAGAGAACAUGACGACAUAUUGUGGUUGCAGUGGGGAGGCUCCGUGCUAUGUAUGAUUUCUUUGGAUCGAAACAGGAAGUUCAUAGUGCGAAGGUGUAAAAAUAAAGAGGAUGCAAAUUGUAUGAGCUUCACCGACUGCAACACCCCUGUAUCAACU